AUGGUUCCAGCAAUGGAAAGUCUUGCUAAGGAUAUGGUGGAAAAGUGUAGAGGCUUACCUCUUGCAAUUGUUGUAUUGAGCGGACUACUUUCGCAUAAAAAGGGGCUAAACGAAUGGCAAAAGGUGAAAGACUACCUUUGGAAGAACAUUAUUGAAGAUAGAUCUAUUCAAAUCUCCAAUAUACUAUCAUUAAGCUACAGUGAUUUGUCAACUGUGCUCAAGCAGUGUUUUCUGUACUUUGGUAUUUUUCCAGAAGAUCAAGUGCUCGAGGCUGAAAACAUAAUAUGGUUGUGGAUGGCCGAGGGUUUCAUACCAAGAGGAGAAGAAAGAAUGGAGGAUGUUGCUGAAGGUUUCUUGAAUGAGCUGAUAAGACGAAGCUUGGUUCAAAUGGCUAAAACAUUUUGGGAAAAAGUUACUAAAUGUAGGGUUCAUGAUUUACUCCGUGAUCUUGCCAUACAAAAGGCAUUGGAGGUAAACUUCUUUGACGCUUAUGAUCCAAGAAGCCACUCCAUAUCCUCUUUAUGUAUCAGACACGUCAUUCAUAGUCAAGGAGAAAGGUACCUCUCACUUGAUCUCUCUAACUUAAAGUUGAGGUCAAUUAUGUUCUUCGAUCCAUAUUUUCGUAAUAUGAGUCUUAAAAACUCCAGUAGUGUGUUCCAACAUCUAUAUGUGCUGUACUUGGAGAUGCGUGUUGACAAUAUGUUUUUUGUAUUAGUACCUAAUGCCAUAGGAAGUUUGUACCACCUUAAGUUCUUAAGAUUGAAAGGUCGUAUCGAUGAUCUUCCCACUUCCAUUGGCAACCUCAAGAAUCUACAGACACUUGUUAUCAAUGAGGGCAGAUACUCUUGUGAACUACCCCGCGAGACAGCUGACCUAAUAAAUCUAAGACAUUUAGUUGCUUCGUUUUCUAAACCUCUGAAACGUAUAAGCAAACUCACUAGUCUUCAGGUUCUUAAAGGCGUCCAUUGUGAUCAGUGGAAAGAUGUUGACCCUGUUGAUUUAGUCAAUCUUUGA